AUGAUUUUCGACAAACUGGAUCUCGAAACCGUGAAAAACGCGGCUGCAACAUGCCAGAGAUGGCACGACAUCAUAUUUUCGACCGGAUAUGUAAAGAGAUUUGUAUUCCAAAUGAACAUAAAAUAUGGCAACGAAGCAAGCACACAGAUGCAUAUAAAGGAGAUUGUAGCUAUGGUGGCAAACUCUCAACGGCGCUAUCGACACCUAUACUGGGACUCUGGACAACUAUUAAUGGGGCCGUCUAAUGGAUAUUCAAAUUUGUGGCAGGCUAUUCAUCCGAAAGUUACGACACAUCUCUAUUCAUUAGAUAUUUCCUAUGUGAAUACUUUCGAUUUCUUUUCCUUGAUAGCUGAUGCGCUACCGAUGAUGUCGGCGCUCCGAUCGCUUACGAUAAUGUCCAACGCACGGAAAUUCCGUGCUCAGGAUCCCAUAAUAACUCUCCGUAGCGAUAAUCUGAAGAAGCUUCUGGUGGAUGUCUCGACGGAUAACGAACUAAACAUGAGUCAGUCAAUCCUUAGCUGCAGUACUCAAUUGAAAGAACUGGUAGUGGAUAUUUAUGAGGAGGAUGAAUAUUUAAAAUGCCAUGCACCGCGUCGUAUAAUGCAAACUUUACCACAUUUAAAACAACUUAAAAAACUCAAGUUUAUUAAUGGACGUUUCUGGGAAUCAAAUUUCCUCCGCAGGGGCGCUCCCAUGCAUACUCUGCACCAGCUGCAUUUCGUGGAAUCGAACGUUGAGUCCAAUCGUUUUAAGCAGAUCAAGCAAAUAUUUCCCAACUUAAAGGAGCUAAUUUUUACAAAAUGCGAUAGUUGGCACGAAAUACACGACAGAGGUUCGGAAACACCGUCUUCUACGGAGUCGGAUCAAGACGAAUAA